UCAUUUAAUCGCAAACAUAAUUGACAAUCUUCAAGUUGUAGUUUCAAAUUCUCCAAAUGUCAAAUUCGUAGUUCCCGUUGUAGAAUAUGCCACAAUUUUUACAGAGUAAAAUACUAUCGUGGCCACCAUACUAGCUAGGAGAGAGCUCUGGCGACGUGCAGGGGGCACAUUUGGGGGAGGGCGGAUGGCGUUGGCGCUGGUAUUGGUACUGGCGUGGAGUGCAGUAGUGUCAGCGGCCAGGUUCAGCGACUACUCUGGGGCUAAAAUGCCACAGUACGAAACAGGCGACGAAGGAUCUGAUGACGCAGAGUCCUUGCUUGAAGACUACCACGGACACUCACCAGACGCCUCCUCACCUCUCGAUUAUAAGUAUGAAGAAGAUAUUAAAUAUGGUAAAACAGAAAGUUUGGAAAGAGAAGCCGAAGUCGAAACAUGGAAAAAAUCUAAGGGAAGAAGGCGAGUAGUAAUCGAUUCCCAAGAUACUCACGACACAGAAUUUGAUAACGAAUUGGAAGCUGACUUCGGACGCAGGAGACCUAACCAGAAUUAUUUUCAGCGCAAUCCAAAAACGAAGAGUUGGAACUAUCGCGAAGACAACAUAGCUGCUUUACGAAAGUCAAUGCGGCAUGGUCGCAGUAAGAAUAUAAGGGAACCUGAUAAUAAUAAUGAAGACAAUUAUGUAGAAAAAAAAGAAUUCAGAAGAAAUAAAAACAAAGAGUUUGACGAUGAUGAUGAUGAUGAAAGAUAUAAAGAAAGCACAAAAAGAGUAGUAAGAAGAAAGCCGAGAGAUAGAGUUCCCGUUCGACAUUUUAAUGUUGAUUUAAAUGGAGAUUUAGUACCAGAUAGAAGGGUUAAAAACGAGGAGCUGGACUAUGCCAAUGUCAAUGAAGAGAGACGAAGAAGACCGACUUUAAUUCACUCGCAAGAAGACCGCUACAGACCAAGCAUUGAUGAUGAAGAUCUUCGACUUAGAAAAAAACAGAACAAGAAAAUUUUUGACGAAGAUGGAGAUUACUAUGAUAUGAAAAGAGUAGAGAAUAUAAAGAGCAAGUUACCAAUUCUACUACAACGAACUUCCGCGACGACGUUUGUGUCGACACCCAGCAGCGCGAACAUCAUCGACGUGCUGUGGACAUAUCGGCGCGCUGAAUCUCCCUCAUCGUCGUCUACCAGCCAUCUACCGCCAUCUGAGACGACAACUCGAUCCAGUACAGCAGCACCUACCACAACACUCACGUUAAAUAUGACUAAAUCAAACAACUCAUCCCAAGAGCUAUCACUAGCAGAGAAAUCUAGGUUAUCAAUUUUGAAAAAGGCACAGCGUAAAGAAAGUAUCAAAAUUGGUUCAUCAACGAAAAAGCCUCCUGUGUUGUUGCAAGUGACAGUUAAAAUACCCACAGUGGUAAUGGUGGAGCCUCCAAGCUCGGAGGUAAUACUGCCGAGGGCUCGCGAAUUCUCAGAAGAUACUCCAGAGAGGUUGAACCGAGCGAAGCAUCUCAUGAGGAAGAAACUCAUCGCUAGAGCCAAAAACAUUCAAGACCUCACUGAUAAUUGGGAUGAAGUCGUUUGUGAUUACAUUGAUGUGGCCCUCUUGGAUUGUGCUCCUAAUACGUGUAUUAAUAUUUUAUUUACCAUUUUACCACCUCUAGUAUUGUUUUUAUUUUAAUUGCACCACUUGUUAAUUUACUUAUUUUCCAUAAUGUAAUUUUAGUUCGUUCAGUGUCAGCUUUGCAACAGGGAAAACGACAGUUUUAGUCGAUAUCAAAUAUAUUUGUGUGUCGUACGUAAACAAAGAACAAUUAAGAGUUAUUUGGUACAUCAAAAGAACUUUCCGCAGUAGGUACUCAAGUAGCCAGUUGAAAUCAAUGAAAAUGAAUACUGCAGUUGUUUCGAUCAGCACUUCGUCCGACCCGGAAAGCCUACCUAGCUAUUUUCAAGCUACGUUUGUAUAAUUUAGUGGGUUUUAUUGAUUUUGCUAACACCGAUCUGAGAUAAUAUUGCUAGUUAUGGAGAAAUAAAAUAGUUACAUA